UACUGUGACAAACAGCACAGAGGAGGAAGUUUUGAUGAGAGUCGGACGUGUUUACAGAUCUGCUUUAGGCAGGAGAAUACUGCUUGAUAACUGUGAUCGUGUAAGCAGCAAACGAGGUCAGACUUUGGAAGAGCUUCCAAAACUCUGGACACUGACACAACAUUCUUCCGAACGACGCCAUUGAGAUUAAAUCUGGAUACUGAGUUGUAUUACUGUGACAAACAGCACAGAGGAGGAAGUUUUAAUGACAGUCGGGCGUGUGUGCAGAUCUUGUAAACACAGGCGGAUACUGUUUGAUAACUGUAGUCGUGAAGGCAACGAAGGAGGUCAGACUGAGGCAGUUUGGAAAGAGCUCGGAAAAAUCUGAACACUGACACAACAUUCUUACCAGCGACGCCAUUGCGGUUACAUCUGGAUACUGACUUUAUCAAUUCCUGGUUUUGAAAGAUUGCAUCACUACAUGGUAGGACUCGAUUCCAAUAGUGUUUAUGUGGUUCGUGUCUUCAAAACAGUACUGGUCUCACAUGCCAGUAUGACUUGAAUACACACAGCUACAUCCUGACAAAAGCUGAAUUCCCAGUGGAGAUCUGUGUCUGUCAACUUCAUGUAAUCAGACCAGGGUGUUAUCGUUCUUCGUGGUGUGUCCAGAUUGAGUGAAGGGUUCAUUGCGAAUAUCUUUCUUUGAAGAUACGAAUAUGAUUAUGUGUCAUAUUUGUCUUGUUUUAAUGUUAUUUUAACCUGGUCAAAAUACACUGAACAAUACUGACUGAAGCAGAAAACCUUUCACUUCGUGACACGUAUCUUGGAAAAACGGAACAGUUCAUAUCGGGAACAAACAUAGAAGGAAAGGCAUGGUUUCACUCAGAUGUGUUUGACAGGGUAGAAGACACAAGCAUCAUCUGAUCUUCAAAGAAGGAUCCAUUUAAGAAAAAUGUAGUACACGGUUUCAACUAUACAGAAAACCUUCAUGAAAUCCAAUUUACAUAUCAGCGAAAGGGGAAUGUUGUGAUAGAAAAGGCACUUCAAGGAAUUAUGUUCUUGGAUUGCAACACUGUUUAGGUAGGACAUUUUCCAAAAGAUGGAAAAGCUUUGGCACCAGUGCAUAAUAACUGUAUUGUGUUUUCUUACAGUGUGUCAGUUUCAGCAAGGUCUGGCCAUAGACUGCUUUCAUAAUUGGUGCUCGUGCAUAUCGCAUUCAGCUUGCUGCAUCGACAAUGGAAGAAGGCUGCAAUAUGUCCCACGCUUACAAUGGGACGGGGAAAUUUAUCGGUUUACAUUUAUGAACAACUAUUUGACAAUCAUCACAAAUAGUACCUUUCAAAACAUCAGCCAGUACGCCCUACAUUUUCUGGAUCUUACACACAAUCAAAUAACUCAUAUUUCUGCAGGUGCCUUCGCUAACCUCAGUCAUCUUCUUUAUUUGGAUAUAAGUGAUAACCCCAUCACGUUGGAUGAAUUGGGUGGAGCGUUUCAUUCACUACCUGUUGGUUUUGAAUAUCUGUACUUGAAUAAAUUAAAUAUUAGCGACGCCUGGCUGGAAGACAAUUUCCUUGAUGGUCUACUGACAAAGAGCCUCACUGCGCUACAUCUUGCCCAUAACAUGCUGACGAAAUUCAAUGUUUCUCACAUUGCCAAGUUUACUAUGUUGACACUUUUGAACCUCACGGACAAUCAAAUCGCGUGGCCGGAAUAUCAUAAGACUGCUAAAUCUGAAAGUUUGAAGAGUUUAGAUCUUAGUCACAAUGAACUAGGUGAAUUACCAUUAAUGUGCAUGGACCAUCAAAAACCUUCCUUUCCAAACUUGCAAACGCUUAAUAUCGGGUACAACCUCAUAUACGCAAUAUCUGCUCUAAAUGUUCGCUGCCUCCAUAACCUUCAAGCCUUAACCUUGUCAGGAAACACAAUUAAGGAUAUCAAAAAGUUCUCAUUGCUCAGAAUAACUAAACUGAGAUACUUGGAUAUAUCUGACAAUAAAGCAAAUUUAACCAUUCAAGGACAGGUGUUUAAUUCAAACCUGUCUUUUGUAAAUUUGUCCUAUUCAAAUAUACGCUCUAUUGAGACUGAGACAUCAGCCUUUAUAAACUGCAAGAGUAUCAAGGAUGUUGAUCUUUCCGGGAAUGACUUUGGCAGAAUGCCUGAAUAUUUCAUCAGAUACCUUUUCGACGGAGCAGUGAACACUAUAGAAUCGUUCAACUGCAGUCGUUGUGGGUUAAAACAAAUGCCCAGAGUCUUUUCAGAAAUGGGCCGACUUCGAAUACUGAAUCUAAACUUGAACUCAAUUCAAACCAUCAAUGACAAUUUCUUUGACAACAACAACGACCUUCGCCAAUUAUACCUUGCCAACAACUCCAUUAAGACCCUCAGUACAUUCGUAAUUUCUAAUUCAGUUAGAAAAGAAUUACGAUUUAUAAGUCUUGAAAACAAUCCUUUUGUUUGUAACUGUGAUUUAGUUUGGCUCAAGUACUGGCUCUUAUCUGAGACUAGCAAAUUUCGUAAUCACCUGAAUCAAUACACCUGCUCCAACGCUCCUUUUCAAGGGAAAAAUCUUGUGGAUAUUUCGUCUAUAAACGAUUCAGAGUGUUACCACACUCGCCACAAUUUUUCCAUCGUGUACUGCGUCGUUGGGACUGUGCUCAUCUGCCUGUGUUUCUUUGCCUUGGGCUACAAACUGCGCUGGAACAUACGGUACUGCUGCUUGAUGUCCAAAUCUUCAGCUUCAGAAUCCAUUCCUCUCCUGAGUAACGAUGUCUACAUUCUGUACAGUGAUGAAAAUUAUUUGUGGGUAAGAUACGAAGCACUGGCCAAGUUAGAAGAUGAAGGAAGACUAAAAGUUUGUUUCCGCCAAAGAGACUUUAAUCCCAAAAUAUAUGUAGUUGAUAAUGUUGUGAUUAACUUAAGACGCUGCAUAAAAGUCCUUGCAGUUUUGUCUAACAGCUUCUUCAAGGACCGAACUUCUCAGUUUGAGAUGUCCUUGGUCUUGAAACGCUUGGAGGGCCAUCAUGGAAUGCUUGUGUUGGUUUUUCUUGAAGACAUUGAGGACAGAUACAUGUCCCAUGCUCUCAGCAGUAUGUUGCAAACAUGCCCAACAGUACAAUGGUCAGAGAAGAGUGAUCGAAAAGAAGCGUUUUGGGAGCAGUUGUUGGCACAUUUGUAAAAGCUGAAUGAGAUGAGGAUGAGGAUCCCUAAAAGCAUUUAUUCUGCUAACAAAAGAAAUUUAACAUUAUUAAGAAUUUGAGAAUUACAAAUUAUGACAUAUAUAUGUAGGCGGGUCGGUGUACCUAGAAACCUUACAUUUUGACCUUUUGGUAAAAAUAUUACAGAUGAGUUACAUUCUUUGUUAGUAUGCCCAACUAAAACACUAACCAAAAAAAUUAAUUUUCACUCAGAAUUUUACAACAAACUUCUAACAUUGAACUUUGUCAUUAUGAUGUCAAUCACUGGAUUGUCUACUCCAGACUCAAUUAUUGACAGACCGCCGUCAUAUAGCUGGAAUAUUGCUGAGUGCUCCGUUAAACAACAAACAAACAAACAUUAUGUUCUAAAUACAUUAAAGAUGCCCUAUCUUUCGUUCUUCAUUAGAUUCUGUACUUCUUGUUAUUGCACCAUCACUUUGUAUAUAAUACAUGUGUCUAUAUUGUUCUUGGCCCUGUGCUCAAUAUACUGAAAUAAACUUAAUAAAAAAGAUUAUACUGAUAGCCCAAACCAGUUUCAGAUACAAACUGUACAAUGUUUUUAUUGCUCAUUUAUGUAGAUGUUGAUUUGUUACAUUUGUUGUUAAAAUAGUUUCUGCAAAUAACAUUCCUGCUUCCACUUUGUUGAUACGCAUGCGAUGAUGCACUGUGUAUGUUUUCUUGUUAUUUUGGAGCUUGUUUUCCAAUUUAACUGUUUAAUAGUAUGGAGAUUAAUGUAAAGAUUGGCCUGAUCACUUAAGUUUGUUAUCCUAGCUAGAUAUUUAUAGCUUAACUUGUAUUCCAAUAUUUUUAAGAUGAUAGCUUCCCUGUUAGGGGCACGGGUGGCGCAGCCGUCUGAGGCGCCGCGAUUCGCUGUGCAGGGUUGCGUCCCUAUAGAAACCUAUGUUUGUCGGUUCGAAUCCCGGUUCGACCCGUUUAUGUUUCUAAGUGUAGGU